CGCGGUCGUUGCCACUUCACCCCAUCCCCCCUUCUCGAACCUGUCCCUAUCCCAUCCAGCCAAUCUCCAUUGGCUUCCCAUGCGCCUAUAGUAGCAGCUUGUGUAGUUCCUCAUACGCAAGACGCAACUUCACUCGCCUCGCAAGGUAACCCACACCGAGGAAAAAAGCGGGCGCAAUAUAAAUAUAUAUAUACGCAGAUGGCCAUGGAAUCCACACCGAGCGAGUCCGGUCCCGGCCCACUCCGGAUAACCGAACCAGGCGCUCCUUCCUCUUUCACUACCGGCCAUCCGCCGGAGGCAGGUGUAAUAGACUCGCCGAUAUCGCCGGCCUCUCCCAACGCUCUUGCGCGCUUCGAGUUCGAGGCUGGUCGCGGAAACGAAGGGUCUAAGAUCUUGAUGGUAGAGUGGGAUCCGGAGCCGACGGGCGAAGACGGUUGGGUCGUGACGUGGGAGGGCAAGAAGACCACGUUCCAGGUAAAUGAGAAAGUAGAGGACGAGGACGAAAGUGUCGAAGAGAAGGUGGAAGCCGGGAUCCAGCAACGUAGACAGCGCGUUUAUUUCCUCCUUCCGUCCGAUGUCGCGGUGCCUCCCGUCGUCACUAUUUCGCAUGCCGGUUCCGGUCGCGCGCUAACCGCAAAGUCGAUGCCGGCGAUUUUCGCGCCCGGCCUCGGUGUCGGGUCACGCGACGCGGGCCGCAGGGGCGUGCUGCAUACCGUAUGGGCGAGGCUAAGAGCGGCGCAGCUGCAGGAUGAGAUCCGUGCCGAACUCAAGGAUAAUAGCGAGAGCGUGGGUCUUGAGAUGGCGGUCCAGGAGCGGCUAUGGAUCAUCGAUCACUUUGGCCUCGACGACCUAAGGCUUCAGGAAGCAAGUCUCGCUGCCGCUGCGGUCCCCGUGUCAUCCCUACCACCCGCGAGCCCAAGAUCACCGAUAGGAGGGAGGUUGGGGGAGAAGUUGAGGGGGUUGAAGUUGGCGACUUCGCCGUCGGAUUUAGCAAAUCCUUUAGGUACCCACUUCUCGCAACAAAACCCACAUCUACAGGGUCCUGAUCAUCCUCCCCCGCCCAACAAGAGAGGGGACGAAGUGACGCCGCCGAGAACAGGCGCGGAUCCAGUCGCCGGCGUGGCAUCCCUCGACGCCGUUCUCGGUGGAAACCACACGCAAGUCGCUGCAGAGCCGCCCGCAACCCAGAGCAAGGAGACGGAAGACGAGCUAUUCGCGCUGCCGAUGAGCCCACGGAGUCCAGACAUGAAGACCAAGAGCCCCUUCGGACUUCUGAGGUAGGACGGGGAAAAGAAAAGCCUCAGACCCCCGAAGCCCUAGACAGGGUUCUAGAAAUAGCGUACAGAUGUGGAAAUCUGGAGAUUGGGGAAAUUUUAAACAAAAGACAUGCUACAUACGUAAUGAACCCGGGGAGUCGAACCCGGGGAACGGAGGUAAAACUGGGAUAGGUAUGGAGUGUGGAGAAGAGGCGUGCUAGAGUAGUAUGUAGCUGACCGAGUAUAAUGAAUAUGGAGCAAGAGUGGAACGAAAUAAGUGGAGGGAAAGGGCCUCGGAAAAGGGGCCCGGUAUCUGGGGCGGCUGGGGGAAUGAAAGGUAACGUCGGCCGGUAGCUAAAAAGGGCAAACCCGCAACGGCCACGCGAGAAAUUGUGGGCGUGUC